AUGGGCAAUAAUAUGGGGCAAUCUGUGAAUUUCGGGUUGCACACGAGCAGCGAUAGCAUUGGAUCGCACUUCCACCAGGGUAUUUCUGGGCAUAGGGCCAGUGUGUCGUCAUAUUGGGAGCAACCGCUUUUAGACAAUCAUAGUCAUAGUCAUAGUCAUAAUCAGAAUCAAGGGCAUAGCCAUAGCCAUAAUCAAAGUAGUACUAUGACUCAAAGUAUUAGUCACAAUGCUAAUUCUUCCGAUAUUGUCGCUCAGAAUUCCAGCAGCUCUUCUAAUAAUACGAUAAUAAUGGACACUUCCAUGAAUGCUAAAAGUUCGGGCUAUAAUACUACCUUAGAUUCCGAAGAUAUGUCUGCUGACGCUUUUAGAUUAGAGUUGCAGCUCAAGGAAACGCAGAUAGAGUCUUUGGAGUUGGAAAUUAAGAAGCUCAAGGGGAUAUUCAACCAGGGAUUGACGUUUAAGCAGCAGGAAGAGCAGAAAUUGAAGAAAUCCAAGGCGUUAACCUAUGAUUCUGAAGUUCAGAUACCCGCUAGUUUGGAAAUAAUCUUUUGUAAGCUUUCUGAUUCUUUGAAAAGGAAAGACCAAGAGUUGCAAGAGACGAAAAGGCGGCUUGAAGGAAUUAUAACAGCUGUUGCUCUAAAUCCUUCGAACUCUGUCACCAAAUUUGGAAGAUAUGAUGAGGAAGCCCUUGCACAUAAGAUGGUGACUAGACUAGAGACAUUGAUGAAAGAGAACGAGGAAAUGGCCAAAAUGCUAAGCUAUGGCCGUUCCAAGGAAACCACUAUAGAAUUGGAGCUUUUGCGGAAAGAAAACCAAGAGCUCAAGGAUCGGCUAAGAUGGAUGGAACAUCGUAAAACUGCUGGUCCAGCUGUCGUCUCUACGGCCAACACUAUUACAACUGAUUCUACAUGA